GGUUGGCCAUUCUAAGGAGGAAGAGAGAGGGAUCUUCAUAUUCUUCUUCUCUCUUUCUCUCCCCCUUUGUAUAAUAAAAAAGCCCCAAUACAAUUUCUGGGAAUUGAUUUCCUUUCUAUCCGGCAAUUUCUGGGAUCUUUUAGAGGCAAAUUAGUCUGCUAGGGGCAGGUCACACAAUGGCCAUUGGGUUGCAUAUUUUACCAACAACCACUUCAAGAAAACGCGCCGGCAAGAAACAGGUUGGAAAGGCGCGCCCAUGGCAUGAUGAUGAUGGUGAUGAGAGUGAAGAUCACAAUGCGAAAAGUGACCCAGUAUCCCCUCCAAAUCCAGGUCCUGUUGGAAUGCAUAGAGGGAUUCCAUUGCGCUCUCUCUCAACCAACCUUCCCCUCCUCCUGCCUUCAAAGCCUCUUCGCUUGGCGCAUCUGUCAAAAAGCCCACCUCCCAAACAAGCGGCAAUGGCCCCGCCUCCCCCACCUCCACCAAAGGGCCUCAAAACCAAGAAGGCCAUUGGAAAAUUGAAAAGAUCAAUUCGUAUGGUCACGUGGUACCAAACACUCAAGAGGAAGUUGGAGGGGCAUAUCCAACAGGUGGUGAGAAAUGUAGUGGGAAAGAAAACUAUUGUCGGCGGGGCCCCCUCUAGCGACAAACACGGAUUGGACAAAGCAAUUGAGGAGAUGAUGAAGAGGUCGUCGUAUUUUCAGCGUAUAGAAGAAGAUGUCAAUAAACACCAUCAAGAAAUCAUUGAGCUUAUGAAAGCCAUCAAUUCCUUUCAAGCGAAGGACAUGUCAAAGCUCCUUCAUUUUCACAAGGAAGUGGAGAAACAUUUAGAGAAACUGACAGACGAAUCUAAGGUGCUGACCAGGUUUGAAGAUUUCCCUUUCAAGAAACUGGAAUCGCUCAGGGAAGCAGCGGCAUUGUACACGAAACUGGAAGAAACUAUAGACACCUUGAAGAACUGGAAGGCGGAGCCUCCUCUUGGAGAGGUUCUUGAUAAGGUUGAAAGAUACUUCAACAAGAUUAAGAGAGAAAUAGAAACAGUGGAAAGGAACAAAGAGGAAGACGCGAAGAAGUUUCGGGGCAACAAUAUCUCCUUCGACUUCAGCAUCGUCGAUCGGGUGAAGGAAGCCAUGGUUGACAUUUCUUCAAGCUGCAUGGAACUCGCACUGAAGGAAAGGCGAGAAGGGAUUGAGAAAAGAAGGAGAGGAAGUGUAAAGAACACCUUCGAAUUGACCACUUCAAGAAGGAUUAUAAACCCAGAGUUUCGCUGCAUGGCUGCCAUCUUCCUUAAUCUCUUUGGCUGGAGAAAAGCUUCCAAAUGCAAGAAAAUGAUAGGAAGAGUGCAGUGCAGACUGAAGCUGGUGAAGAACAAGAGAAGUUGCAUUGCAAGGCAGUUAAGGGAGGAUUUGGCUGAGCUUCUCCGAAAUGGCCAUCACCCCCUCGUUCUUGAUAGGGUUGAACACUUGUUUAUGGAUGAAAAUCUGGUGGCAGCAUACGACAUUUUGGACCAUUAUUGUGAAUUCAUCGUCAUUAAUCUUCCCUACAUCCGCAGACACAAAGACUGUCCGAAUGAGAUAAACGAAGCGGUGUCUACGUUGAUAUACUCAUCAGCGAGACUGGGCGACCUACCGGAGCUUCGGGCAAUAAGAAAGCUCUUCGCCGGACGAUAUGGCCAGAGAUUCGUGAAUGUGGCUCUCCAUCUCCUCCCCGGCAAUCUUGUAGAUACCCAGGUUAAAGAUUGUUUAUCCACAAAGUGUGUAACAGAAGAAGUGAAGCAUAGAUUGGUGGAGGAAAUCUCUAGGAGCUGCUUUCAGCAUGGUCCUCCAUUGCUCCUCGGUUACACUUCUGAGGGGCAAAAACAGGUGUCGUCCCCGAGGAAUGAAAAGAAGGAAAUGGUGGACGAGAUUACGGAGUUUGAAAGUAGGAGCAUGGAUCCGUACAUGCAAGAUCAAAGAUUUUUCGUCUUCAACUCGCCGCCUAGUCGCUUUCUCGCCUUGAUACUUUUCAAGAAAUCCAUUGAUGGGGAAGAUGACAAAGAAGAAGAAGAAGAAAAGAUUGAAAGUUUUUGGAGUUUGAAUGAGGAAGAGGAUGAUCAAAGGGAAAUAAAAUGCACACACAAAAUGAUGAUGAGUGACAAGAAGAAUGAGAGAAAUGGGCCGCCAUAUGUGAAGGCCGCCAAUGAGAGGAAGCCCAUUAAUGAGAGCGUACUGGACCGUAUUUCCCGGUCCAUUUCGUUCCCGGACCAUGUCCAUCCUAAGCUGCCCGACUACGAAGAAAUAUCAGCCAAAUUCAUGGCGCUCAAGAGAGAGAUAAUUCAAAAUACAGGCCGCCACAAUACUCCUUAAUUAUUUUCCCUUAAAAAAAAUACUCCUUGAUUAUUUUUUGAUCAUCAUUUUAAUUACUCCGUACAUUCCUUUUCAUUGAGAAACACGCAUUUACCCCCAAACUCUUUACAAAUUACAUUGUUUACUCUUAAAUAUUAAAAAUUACACUGUUUG